ACAGCAUACUCAGACUCUCUGAGCCUCUUUCUCUCUCCCACUCACACAACCCACACAACACUGCAUAUAUCUUAGCUACCUCAUUACCAAAGAUGCCUGCAGAAAACGCAGCCACAUCCAACCUUAGUCGCCAUCAAGCUUUCCAACUGGAAGCACUGGCCAUGGACGACUCCAAAUUCUAUGAUGACGAUGGCCGCGUCAAACGAACUGGAAGUGUGUGGACUGCAAGCUCGCACAUAAUAACAGCAGUGAUAGGAUCCGGGGUUCUAUCUUUGGCUUGGGCCAUUGCUCAGUUAGGUUGGCUUGCUGGCCCUGCCGUCAUGAUCUUGUUCUCUUUCGUCACUCUCUACACUUCCUCCCUUCUUUCUCAGUGUUACCGCAGCGGCGACCCCAUCUCCGGCAAGAGAAACUACACUUACAUGGACGCUGUUGGCUCCAUUCUUGGUGGGGUGAACGUUAAGCUAUGUGGGAUGUUUCAGUACCUGAACCUGCUGGGAAUCGUAGUAGGAUACACAAUUGCGGCUUCUAUUAGCAUGAUGGCAAUCAAGAAGUCAAAUUGUUUCCAUAGCAGCGGGGACAAAGGGCCAUGCCACGAGUCAAGCAGCCAAUACAUCAUGAUAUUUGGGAUAAUAGAGAUUUUCCUUUCACAGAUUCCAGACUUUGAUCAAAUAUGGUGGCUUUCAACAGUUGCUGCAGUCAUGUCUUUCACAUAUUCCAUAAUCGGUCUCUCUCUUGGGAUUGCCAAAGUUGCAGAAAGGGGUAGUUUCAAGGGAUCCCUCAUAGGAAUCAGUGUUGGAGCUAUCUCAGAGGCCCAAAAGAUAUGGAGAACUUCCCAGGCUCUUGGUGACAUUGCCUUUGCAUAUUCAUAUGCUGUUGUUCUCAUUGAAAUUCAGGACACCCUGAAAUCCCCACCAAGUGAAGCAAAAACAAUGAAGAAGGCUACAAAGAUUAGCAUUGCAGUAACCACAACGUUCUAUAUGCUUUGUGGGUGCAUGGGGUAUGCUGCUUUUGGAGAUGCAGCACCGGGGAACCUGCUCACUGGUUUUGGUUUCUACAACCCAUAUUGGCUGGUAGACAUUGCUAAUGCCGCAAUAGUGAUCCACCUUGUGGGUGCAUACCAAGUGUUUGCCCAACCAAUCUUUGCGUUUGUGGAGAAAUGGGCGGCGCAAAGAUGGCCCAACAUUAACAGGGAUUUCAAAGUCCCAAUUCCGGGUCUUCCCCCGUACAAACUAAGCCUGUUUAGACUGAGUUGGAGGACAGUGUUUGUGAUGCUUACAACUGUCACGUCCAUGUUGCUUCCGUUCUUUAACGACAUAGUGGGAGUGAUUGGAGCAAUGGGGUUUUGGCCUUUGACGGUUUACUUUCCGGUGAUGAUGUACAUUAAACAGAAGAAUAUAGCAAGAUGGAGUGCCAAAUGGAUAACGCUACAGAUAUUCAGUAUGGCAUGCCUAAUGGUAUCACUUAUUGCUGCUGUUGGUUCUCUUGCUGGUGUCUUGCUUGACCUAAAGAAAUACAAACCAUUCCAAUUUGACUACUAGUUAAGCUCUAAUGUGGGCAGUCAUGGAUUUGGUUCGGGUUUUCUUGUACUUUGCACUGUUAUCUAAUACAUCAAUGAAUGCCAUAGGUUUCCU